AGCUUCCACUGGCAUGUUUUGACGAGCCGCCGCUGCUUGCUUCCUCCCCUCCCUCACUUCCUCUUCCCUCCCCUCCGCCUCCCGGAUUCCCUUCAUUCCUCCCGCGUCUCCCUCACUCUCUCGUCCAUGCCUCCUCAGCCCAGUCUCAGGCACGCCGCCACGGCUCGCACCAGGGAUCCGCCGCCUGUCCCGCCGCAGGUGAAGGCCCGGAAGCGGCGCAGCAUGUGGGGCUUCGGGCGUCAGAGGUCCGGCGCGGCUCAGUCCCCGUGCACGGCGGCGCUCAUCCCCUUCCUCGCCACGCUCUUCGUCGCGUCCACUCUCACCUUCUGGCUGUUCACGCACCCCGCGGGUCAGGCGCUCCUCCGCUCCCUCCUCGAACCCAACGCCACCCGGACGGGGGCGUUUGCGCCGGGGAACGUCGGGAUUGGUGAUUCAGACGAGGCGGCUUCCGAGCCUACUGCGAGUGACGCAUUAGCAGGGGAGGAAAGGACGAGGUCGGACAGAGGGGGAGGGGCGGAAGGGGGGGAAGGAGACGGGAGGGCAGGGGAAGGAGAGAGGGUUGGCUCAGGGCAAGGUAGAUCCAAGGCUGCAGCUACACCUGCAUCCGCGUUUGGGAGUGAUUCGUUUCUACGAGAGGGCAACGCGACUGUGCCUCGGAUUCUGACCUUCGAUCUGGUCAAGACUUACUCGCACGACAGCAGGGCCUUCACCCAGGGUCUGCUGUAUGUGGACCACGAGGCGAGCGGAGGGAGAAGCAGCGGCGAGGGGGUGUUCUAUGAGAGCACGGGGGAAUACGGGCGGUCGACCGUGCGGGAAGUGGAUGUGGCUACUGGGGAGGUGCUCAACAGCGUGGCUCAGAGCGCAGACGUCUUUGGCGAGGGCCUGGCCCUGCACAGGGACAAGCUGUACCAGCUGGCUUGGCGAGUGAGGACAGGCCUGGUGUAUGACAGAGAGACCCUGGAGCCACGGGGCAGCUUCCAGCACGGCAUGGCAGAUGGGUGGGGGCUAUCGGUGCUGAACGAGUCUGUGAUGGUGGGCACCGACGGCUCCUCCACGCUCUUCCACCUCCACUCCUCCUCCUUCAAAGCCGUGGCGCGAGUGACAGUGAAGGACGGCGGGCGGCGAAUCCCCAACCUGAACGAGCUGGAGGUGGUGGGGGGGCUCGUGUGGGCCAACGUGUGGCAGUCCAACUGCAUCGCCGCCAUUCACCCCGACUCCGGCCGAGUGCUCGCAUGGCUGGACCUGUCUGAGCUGCAGCGUCAAGCCUCUGAAAGAUCAAACCAGCUCGGAUCACCGGGAUUCGACGUGCUCAACGGUAUCGCAUGGGACUCCAAACGCAACCGCCUUUUCGUAACAGGAAAAUACUGGCCACUAAUGUUCCAUAUCAACCCAAGAAUGGCCCCUCUAAAAGCGACCCCACAGGAGCGACUUGCAGAGCUGAAGCUAGUUAGACAACGGUGUCAACCUUCAGUCGUCUCACCUCGUCCAACCGUCUCCCCCACCUGUUACUCUACGGGCCGCCCCGGACCGGCAAAACAUCUACUGUGCUGGCGGUAGCGCGGCAACUGUACGGGGCGGGCGGCGUACGCAACAUGUGUCUUGAGCUGAACGCCAGCAAUGAACGCGGAAUCGAUAUUCUCAGGCAGCAGGUGCAGGACUUUGCCUCCACGCAGUCCAUCAGCUUCGGCCGGCCCCGUCGCCUAGCUGGUUCCGUAGCCUAGCCGGCCAUGUAGCCUCGCCGCCCGCGGCCCCGUCUCCUAGCCGCCACGCGGCCCCGUCUUCCAGCCGCCACACGGCCCUGUCUCCUAGCCGCCACGCGACCCCGUCUCCUAGCCGCCGGGCGGCCCGGUCGCUUGCCCGCCACGCGGCCCUUGUUGACCAGCCGCCAUGCGGCCUCGCCGCCCAGCCUCCUCGCGGCCCCAUCCCUCAGCUGCCCCUAUGGCUCCCACCUCGCUUCAUCGACCCUUUCCACCGCACUGCACCGCCCUGCACUGCACUGCACCGCAUUGCACCGCACCCUACCGUACUGCACCUCACUCUACCGCAGUCUACCGCACUGCACCGCAACGCACCGCACACUGUUGCUCAGUACAGCCCACUACCGCCUUUCUGCUGCUGCAGCGACCAUGAUGGCGGACUCGGUGUUGCGCUUUGACGCGGAGGGUCAGCCGGCUGAGUUCGACACGUGGCUCGUCGACCUCCGCCGUCACCUCACUAGUCAGCGGCAGGACGGCCACUCCCAGGCCGUCCACAUAGAUGGUACGCUCCCCUGCCCUGACUCCCCUGCAGCUCUACCCGCUAACUCUACGUCUGCUGACCAAGAGUCCACUGCCGCUACUGCCCUUGCUCGUGCUGUCUGGUUGUCACGUGACGCUAUCACACACCAAGCGAUUAGUCAUGCCCUCCCCCUGUCUGAGCGCCCCCGCUUUAGGUCCGUCAGGACUGCGCAGGAGUUCCUCAAGGCUGUUGUCGCGCGCUAUUUUACCCCGCCCUCUGCCUCCGUCGGUCGCCUGAUCCUGCCCAUGCUCUUUCCUGAUCUCACGUCCUUCUCCACUGUCGCUGACCUGGACGCCCACUUGCGCACGCUAGAUGCGACCUGACGUGCUUCCUGCACUGAGGCCCAGCUCCUUGUGCUCCAGCCCCCCAUCUGCUCUACCCUCUACUUGCUUACCACCCGCCUCCCUGACUGUCAUGCUACCGCCCGCAAUCACUUCCUUAAUCUCCACCCGGCUGACCUCACCCUCACUGACUUUGUCGACACCCUGUCUGCCAUAGAGACGUGCCAGCGCUCUAUCGCCCAGUCACCCGAUCACUAUUUUUCAGGGCUGUGCCCCCGCCCGGUGCACUUAUUCUGACAGUUCUGCUGCUGUCGCUGAGAUCGCCCCUGCUGCGGAGACAAUCGCCGCGGCUAUCGCAAAAAAAAAUCGUCCAGGAA